AUGUCCGGAGCCAUGCUCAUCUACGGGUGGACUGUCCAGCAGCGCGUCGGCGGUAUUGCGGUGCCUGUCGUCUUCAUGUUCCUUGGAGGCGUAUCGCAGCUCUUCUGUUUCCCAAGUCUCAAUACGUACUGCUUAGAUGUGAUUCAGGGACGCAGCGCAGAGGUGAUUGCGGGCAACUUCAUGGUGAGAUAUCUGUUUGGUGCCGCUGGAUCGGCUGUUGUACUUCCAGCAAUCAAGGUGAUUGGAGUUGGAUGGUUCAGCACUAUUUCUGCUGGCUUCUUAGUGAUUGGUGCAUUAUGCGUAUGGGCUGUUGCACUCUGGGGUAGAAGCUGGCGCCAUCGUAUUGAUGAUAAGACGAGACCAUCCUAACCAUGAAUCUCAACGACUUCAUCGAAAUAAAGAUUGAACAUUAUUCCCUUCCAUUUACUUGAGGCAAGGAGGGUUCAUAUGAGACAAAAUAUACCUUGUCAUAUCGAGGAUGGUAUCAAAGUCGCGGCGAAGAGUGGUGUUCG